CGCGAAGCGGCAAUCGUGGUCCGGACCGCGUCUCGCCAGGAGGCGUGUGGCUAGCUAGGCAUCCGACGCUGAAGCUUGUUUUUUUUUCAGCUUUUGAGCAGGUUUUGAAUCAAAGUAGGCGCUCUGUGUAUUUUUGGGGUUUAUUAUUCGUUGCGCAGAGAAGCUUCUGGGAGAGAAAUUGCCUGUUUUCUCGCAGACCGCUCCGCUGAAUGUGCUGCGCGGCCAGCUAACGUUAAGUUAGCCGAUGAACUGGCCGCCUGGGAAAAUCAAGAAAGUCACAAAGUCUUAAAUUCGCUCUAAAUACGGGAAUAAGAGCGGAAAGUGGUGUAAAAGGACGACGCACUGCGGGGACGUAAAGCUGGCGCUCCGGGGGAAGGACGAGGAGGAUGCAGUGAGAAUGGCCCUGGAGCAGUUCAGCGAUGUCGUCCAGAGAUGUCAAACCAUCCAGGAUGAAAACUUCUCUCCGGUGGACUUUGACCUGUUCCAGUCUGCAGGGAAGACCUGCAUUGAACAAGGCGACGGUGCUCAGGUGCUGAGUAUCAUCAUCGAUGACAAAAAUACGAAUAUCGUGAGAUGCAUGGGAUGGAACCUGUUGGAGCCUCUGGUGAAGGUUCUCCUGAAGAAAGAAGACAAGAACCGUCCGCAUUGCCAUGCCAUCUUCACGCACAUAAUAGAGGUCUGCAGCUCUAAAGAGCUCGUGGUGGGCCUGCUGGAGCAGGUGGAAGAAGCAGAAUCUGAUGCCAUUGCUGAGGUCAUCAUCCUUCUGCUGAGGCCUCUGCAGACAGUGUUGCUGAAACUGGGAAAGAAGAAGUCCUCCUCGGUGGGCAUGGCUCUGUCCACCGUCCUUGGCCAGGUAGCCCAGCUGCCGGUGCCCCUGAGUAAAGAGCAGGAGGAAGACGAUGUGUUCGGUUUGUGUCGUUGCUGCACUGCCCUGCUAGACUUCAUCAGGCCUUUUGUGGAGGAGGUCAAGGAGAACAUUAAACACAGCCGCAGCGUCUCCAGGGACGACGAGCUGAAGGGGGAAAUACUGAAAUUCUGUAUGAAGAGUUUAAGCGAGCCCCUUCUGGAGGUGCAGCUGAAGGAUCCAGACACAUUAGAGCAAUCCCCUCUCAGAGACUUCGCCACAGAAAUUCUGGUCAUUCUGUCCAGUAUCGGUGAGCCUCUGCCCAAUUUACUCUGCCACAACAUGCUGCGGAAAAGAGAAGUGCCCGGCUUUCUGGAGGAGGAAGUUAGAUAUCCUAAAGAGUCUUUGGCCUGUUUGGCCCAUCUACUCUUUGUGAAGCACAUUGCCAUGGACAUCUUCCCUGCCGUCCUGAGCCCAAUUUUUCUCCUUCAGUGCAACAUGGAAUAUGUUGAGCUCUUGCUGAGCAGAACUGAAGAAUCAUGGUUACAGAAAGGGCUGGAGCUGUAUGAGAAAAGUCUGGUGAGAGUGGAGGACUGCAGUCUUCCUGUGGACCUUCUGGAUCUAAAGCCGUUUUUUAGCGUCCCACAGAAUUUAGUAAAAGUGAUGACGUUAUGUCCAGUUCAGACUGUGAGGACUAAAGGACUGUCGGUUUUCCAGCUGAGCAUUGAUAAAUUUACCACAGAGGCCAAAUACAAGCUCUUCAGGUGUUUGCUGAAAACAAGCGAACAUGCCGGAGUAGAGGGCUACAUCAUCAAGAACAUCAAAAACCAGAUCGACUUGUCCUUGGGGCCGGGUAAUGAGAACGAGUGGUUCCUGGGAAAACACUUACUGCCGUUACUUCACCAAGUCCUGCGUCUUCCUCAGGGACCAGAAACGGACUUAUUACACAAUCUAGACAGGAUCAUGGAGUCGCUGAACCUGCUGCGUUAUCUGCUGAUCAGAGAUAAAGAGUGGGAGAACGAGACAGGAAUAUGGAGCGAACUGCACAAGAUCGAAGAUAGCUUCCUGAAGCCACUAAGGAUGGGCUUGAACAUGUCUAAAGCUCAUUAUGAAGCGGAGCUGAAGAAUGCUAAAGAGAAUAAGAAGAGCAGCGGAACAGAAUCUAAAGCAGCGGCCUGCACAGUUACUGUAGAAAAUGAGAGAUUACCCAACAUGACUCCAGAAAUGCAGCUCCAGGUGCUUCAGUCCGCCCUCUUCACGUUUGAUUUGAUCGAGAGCGUCUUGGCACGGAUCGAGGAGAUCGCUGAGGCGAAAGGAAGAGUUUAGGCACGGGAUACAAACUUUCAGCAAGAAACCACCAAAUCCCAGUUUUUUCCGCUCUGAGAACGGAUCGCUCAAGGAAAUUCCAAAAUCACAACCCAGCGACGCGACAGCGGGAAGCAGACCCAUCAAAUGUGAACAGAUCAGCUCUUGAAUUAGUCUUAGUCUUGCAAAAUGGACAACCACUAGUGGGACAUGGACAGAAUACUUGUACGGACAUUAUAGUGCUAUAUAUUGCAGUUGUAAUAUAUAUAUAUAUAUAUAUAAUAAUGUACACACAAGAAACUAAUCUAGAUUGUCAGGAUGCUCACAGCACAAAGUAAAAAUGCUGUGAUUGGUUAGAGGGCGUAUUUGCAUAUUGCAGCCUCUACUGUGUCGGGCAUUGCAAAGGUGAUAAUGAUUAACAAAUGGUUGUGCAGUUGCAUGCAAAAGUUUGUACACCCCCGGUCCAAUUAUGCAAAGUUAACACAUCUUGUAUGGGGAACACUGUGAAAUCGGAGAUAUUUUUAGUGGAUAAUUUCUCGUUUAAUUUCGAGUUUCACAUAUUGGAAAAAACAUAUAAUGUGCCAGACCUUUGCACAAGGCACUUUUUAUGCCCCCUCCUGCCCCUCCUCACUAUGUUGACCUCUUCUGCAGACCCUCUGGUGGACGUUGGCUUCCCGUUUUGUAAAUAAUGCAUUUUUUAAAAAAUAUAUUCCUGCAACAUUAUUGCAGAACAGAUGCAGAGUUCAACUACGGGACCUCCAAACUUGUAUGGCUACUGUGAGAAACAGUUAAAUAAAGAGUAAUUGUGCAUUAAAGUGUGUUCUCUGUAGAAGAUCCCACUAGUCGAUCUGGACAGAAGAUCUCCCAUCACGUCACUUGACCAGGGCAGGGGUCGGCAGCCCAAAUGUUAAGAAGAGCCAUUUUGUCCUUUUCUCGCAUCUCCGGCAGGAAACUUUUCCUCAGAAGUAGUUUUUUUUGUAAAAGGUCUCUCAACGUUCGACUUUUUACGAGGCUGAAGUCGCUUCUCAUUCACCGGCUUCUUGUUCAAAGACUUCAGCCUUUCAUCUUUUGUGUUUGUCAGUUUCUCGCUGCGGAUUAAACGCAUCAGGAAACCAGCUGGAGUGAUUAUAAAUGCAAAUAAGUCAAUUCGUCUACAAACGAUCGAUCAAGAUUGUCAUCUGCGUUGCUAUGGUGACCACCAGUCCGUGCGUCAACCUUCCAACCUUAUACUUUAACUCCAGCGUUUAGGACCAUAUAUGGUUAAGCUGUGUUGAACAAUCAGCAGAGCUUUAUUUCACUGCAAAGGAAUUUUAUUUCAUUUAUACCUACAAAUCUAAUCCCGGCGUGGAGCCGCAUGUUGCCGACCCCUGGACCAGGGGUGCCAAAACUUUUGCAUACAACAGACCACCACAUAAAAUUGCCCCACAAUGAUCCUUAGUUUACUAUUACACUCUUGUACUUGUUCCUGCGAGAAGCUCUUGCCGUAGUUGCUGUACAACAUUUACAUGAGAUGCACUGUUACUGCUGUUACUGUAUGAGGCGUUUCUAAUGGCUCCAUAAAUGCCAUAAAAGUAGUUUCCCCAUUUAUUUCGAGUCAUUAAAUGUCCAGUGGCAAAUCUCCAUUAGGCGUAAUUACAAUUACACAACUUCAUGUUCAUUAAAACAUGCUCAUGUGAGGCUGAAGAUCGAUCCUGUGUUACAGAACCCGAGUUCUGGCGUUUGGUGCAGAAUACAUGUCUGUAUGUACAUAUAUGGCAUUUACAGGUGUGUAAAGGGAAUUCAUCCUUUUUUUAAAUUCUGCAUAAUUCAGUGUUUGAGAUGUAAACUAAGUCCAAAAAAGAGGGUUUGGUGAAAAAUGGUUCAGAUGUCUUUACAGUGGUGGUGAUGGGAACCAGGGGUUGCCAUGACAACAACACAGCUACUAUAGACAUUUUAUUUACCAUCCAGAACCACCAGAGAACCUACACGAGUCUUCUGAGCCACGAGUCUUUUAUAUGGAAAGUUCUUUCGCUGAACAUCAUCAGGCAAAUACCCCUCCAAUCAGAACUGGUUUUAAAAACCCAUUCUAGGCUCAAAAGCCGACAUAAAACAGUAGCUGAAGCAACGUAUCCACUUCACGUAAUAACUUUGUGGGGGAUCGUUUAGAGGUGGACGUCUGGUUCCCAUCGCCAGCACUGUGAACAAUUCUCAGUAAGUUUCUCCAGAACAAAAUCCAUCCUAAUGAAGCUCUUGGUAAAACGUCAACUUUUAGUCCAAUUUUACAUUUUUCCACAUCCAAAUUUUGUUGCUCUGAAAUUGUCGCGCUUAAAAAAAAAAAAAAAAAAAAAA